UACAUCACUCUAAGCGAAGUAACCACGGGUUUGAAAGAGGGCACCCUCCACAAGGGCUCCCUCCGCAUAAACCGCCGCAAUCGCUUCGACGCCUACGUCUCCCUCGACCCCACCCCCACCUCCUCCAUCACACAAGAUAUAUACAUCUGCGGCACGCGCAACCGCAACCGUGCGCUGGACGGGGAUACCGUUGUUGUGAGGUUGCUGGAUGGGGAGCAGUUGGAGAAGGAACGGGCUGAGGAGGCGAGUAGGAGGGAUAGGAAACGGAGGGAUGAUAAAGAGAGACAAGCAAGGUGUGAUGUUAGGGCUGAGGGGGAGGAGGAGGCGACUGAGGUGGAAACCGAGGUUGAAGUGGAAGAGAGCGAGCCUGCUGAAAACAGGAUCUUCGGUAAGAUCGUGUACCUGGUUGACCGAAGAUCGAAUGGAGAGUAUCCCGGCACGCUGUCGUGGGAUUCUCCGAACGCUUUUGGAAGGGGGGGAGGGCGGUCGUUGGAUCAGAGGCCGAGGCUGGUUUGGUUUCAGCCGACGGACAAACGCGUCCCCCUCAUGGCGAUCCCCACCGAACACGCCCCGCGCGAAUUCAUGCAAGACCCCACCGCCUACUCCACCAUCCUCUUCAAAGCCUCCAUGGGCCGCUGGCCAUCUACGUCUCAACACCCCUUCGGCGUCGUCACGGGAACCCUCGGCCAGCUCGGCGAGAUCUCGAUCGAGACUGAGGCAUUACUCGUCGACGCGGGGGUUACGUGGGAUACAUUCACCGAUGAAGUUAUCAGCUGCCUGCCCCGCACGCCGUGGACGAUCCCCAAGGAGGAGUAUGCGAAACGGAGGGAUCUGAGGGCAGAGACAAUUUUCUCGAUCGAUCCGCCUACUGCGCGGGAUCUGGACGACGCGGUGUCGGUGAAGCCGGUUGGGGAGGGGAAGUUUGAGGUUGGGGUGCAUAUUGCUGAUGUGUCGCAUUUCGUGCGGCCGGGGAGUGCGCUGGACAAGGAGGCGAGGAACCGCGCUACGACCGUUUACCUCGUGCAAAAGGCGAUCCCGAUGCUUCCGAGGUUGCUGUGCGAGGAGUUGUGUAGUUUGAACCCGGGCGUGGAGAGGUUGGCGUUUUCGGUGAUUUGGAUCAUGGACGCACAAGCCCGUCCCGUCGGCAAGCCCUGGUUCGGCAAAUCGGUGAUCAAGUCCUGCGCCAAGCUCAGCUACGAGCACGCGCAGCGGAUCAUCGAAGGGCGGCGGUGGGACGGCCUCCCCAAAGUCGAGCUCAGCGGCGGGGUCACCAUGGACCGUCUCAAGGCGGACAUUCUACGGUUCUACGAGUUCAGCCGCAUGAUGCGCCAACGACGGUUCGAGGACGGCGCGCUAGCGAUCAAUAACUAUAAACUGUGGUUCAGCAUCGACGAUUACGGCAACCCGUACAACACGGGGAUAUACGAGAUCAAGGAGGCGAAUAAGUUGAUUGAGGAGUUUAUGUUGCUGGCGAACAUGGCCGUCGCGCAGAAGAUCAGCGAGGUCUUCCCCAACACCGCGCUGCUGCGGAACCACGCCCGCCCCGCGGAGAAGAGCAUGGCUGACUUCGUGCAGUUUGCGGCGAAGCUGGGCUACGUGAUCGACCCGGAGACCUCGGCGUCCCUCCAACAGUCGUUUGAGAACAUCCCGGACGCCAACCAACGCACGGUGCUCAAACAGCUGUGUAUCAAACCCAUGCAGCGCGCAAAGUACUUUUGCACCGGGAGCGUGGAUAUCCAGCAAUGGCGCCAUUUCGCGCUGAGUGUGCCGCUGUACACGCAUUUCACGUCGCCGAUUAGACGGUACUGCGAUCUGGUCGUGCAUCGGAUGCUCGAGGUUAUCUGCGACGGCCGGAACGAGGACGUGUAUGACAUGAAGGAGGUGGCGAUGAUUGCCAAGCGGUGUAACGAUAUGAAGGACGCGUCCAAGGCGGCGCAGGAGGCGAGUCAGAAAUUGUAUCUGUGCGCGUACCUGGCGUUGUUGAGCGAGCAGGAGGCCGCGAGGGUGGCCUCCAUGGGCGAAAGCACACAGAACGCCGGCGCGGGCGUGCUAACCGAAGCACAAGUCUACAACAUCGGCACGCGUUCACUCGACGUGCUCGUCCCCGAAUUCGGCGUCGAGAAACGGGUCUGGAUGGAAGAUUCGAUCGAACUGGGCGAUGUCGUCGGCGUCGAGGACGUGCAUGGCGAGAUUGGCGCGUUGAGGAUCCAUUGGAACAAGCCUACCGCUGACGGGUUGGAUGACGACCCUGAGGGACUAGCGGACCGGUUGGCGAGGUUGGAGUUGGCGGAGAUGGAGCGGGAGGAAAGUGAUCUGGCCAAGACG